UGUCGAUGCUGUGAAGCGAUUGGCUCGCGAUCGCAAAUAGACUGCUGUGAUUGGCCCAACCGAGCUGUCCAUCAAAGCGUUCCACGCCGCUCUCUUCAGCGGUCGUUCUCUCAGCGGGAACCCAAAUGUUUCCUCACUGAAUGACAACAAACACUCCCAAAAUAUAAGCGUUACCGUCCACAAACGACACACUGUAACGGAACAGGCUCCUGAAGGACAUGAGCGUGCCGGCAGCCCACGCUGCAGUGAUCGGGCUCCGGGGCCGGUGAAGGGGACAUGGGCACAUGCGACGCCACGCUCCGCAGCGCCACUGAAGCCACGAGGGUUCGGUCUUCACGCUGCGCAGCAGAACACCGGCUCCAGCUCUCGGUCGGCACUCCAGGUAGCCGUGUCUGAUGAAGAUGUCUGAUUCUGUCGGAGAGACUGUGAGAGCUCUGGAUGAGAACCGCUCGAGCGCAGACGAACGCCAGCUCGACACGCCACAGAGCCGCAUGCACGAGGAGAACUGCAGCGACGACACGACUCAGACGCAGCGGCAAACACUCGGACCAGGCGCUAAAAGACCCAAGUCGAACGCAAAGGUAAAGUUAGUUCGGAGCCUGGCCAUUUGUGAAGAACCCUGUCCUUCCACGAUUACCACACAACUGCCUCAAGAUCAGCAGGAUGGAGAUCAUAUUAAACUCUCGCAGACGUUUGACAAAGAAGAAUCGCCUCUUACUGCAGACGAGGAUGAUGCAGACAGAAGUGCCAACAAGCUGGAGAAAAUGCCACGCAAGAUGCUGUCCAGAGAUUCUAGUCAGGAAUACAAGGACUCCACUGGCAUCGACCUGCACGGGUUCCUGGUGAACACGCUGAAGAACAAUCCCAGGGACCGAAUGAUGCUGCUGAAGCUGGAGCAGGACAUCCUCGACUUCAUCAGUAAUAACGAGCGAGAGGAGGAAUAUCAGAGAGCAAGAGAGAGGAUCUUCGCUGAUGGUUUAGACACCUUCCCGCUGGAUAAAAGGAUUCAAGAGGACGAGGUGUGUAACAGCGUCCAGCAGAGACGGCAGAUCUUCAGGCUGAAGGACAGUCAGUCGGGGAACAGCCUCCAAAGCAGCUCUGAGAACGAGGCCAGGUAUUCAGAGCCGCGGCCGUGGAGCAGCACCGAUUCGGACAGCUCCAACCUCAACCUGAAGCCCGCCAUGACCAAAGCCAGCAGCUUCAGCGGCAUCCCGGUCCUGAUCCGCGGAGACAGCUCCAGCAGCAGCAAGAGCGCGGGGCGGCUCUCAAACACAGGUUCUGACUCUUGUAGUAGCGUAGGUUCGUCCACGGGGUCGCUCUCUCGAUCCCAGCCUCCUCCAGCCGCCGCGGCUCUAACGCAGCCUAUGGCCUUCCCCACUGUCAGCUACGAGCCGCCAGCGUCCACGGCUAGCGCUAGCUACUAUCUGCUUCCGCUGGAAGCCGCGGGGAUACCGGCCGGAAGUAUCCUGGUCAACCCGCACACAGGUCAGCCGUUUCUGAACCCCGACGGCAGUGCUGUCGUCUACAGUCCCAGCGUGACCUCACAGGCCUCCAGAUGUCAAUCAUCCGUAGCUCCGCCUCCAGCCGCUCAGCCCACCAAUCACGUCAUGGCACAGCCUCUCUGGUCUGUCCAGCACCCGCCGCUGUCUUACCCACCGGUCCAGCCGUUCACUGUGCAGGAUAAUCUGAGCGCUCAGUUCGGUCACAUGAUGCUGGUCCAGCAGGCCUCGGGUGACGGCCGUGACGCUCAUGCAGGCGUUUAUCCGCCGCCUCCACCGCCGCUGCAUCAGACCGGAUACGUGAUGCCCUCGCCGGGACAAACUGUGGCCAACCCCGCGUUUCCCGCGCCCACCGUCAGCCAGCAGCAGAGCUUCAUGCAGCAGCAGGUGUGAGACACAUCAAUCAUCA